UCACAGGUGACUCCAGAGCAGCGAAAAACGCGCAGUGUGGGAUCCGAGGAACCACCAGAGGUUUCCCCUCACAGCUCUGGCAUUAAAUUCUGGUCACGUCCGGCGAAAAAGGGCAGGAAUUGUAUUCACUGCAGGUCUCUGAGAAGAGCCCCGGUCCUCUCAGUUUGUCUCCACGCCUCCCACUCGGCUUCCUAUAUUGUCUUCUUGUCUGUUGUUCACUCCGUUAAUCGGUUUAAACUUGAGGACAGCAUGACAGGAGGACUGAAGGACGGCGAAACAGACGAGGAAUUUCUGCAUUCGCCGUUCAUCCGAAAACAAGGGAACAUAUACAAACCCAACAACAAAGACAUGGACAACGACAGUCUGAACGAGAAGACGAUGGAGGAUAUCCACACCAAAGAGAUUGACCUGGUCAACCGGGACCCCAAGCGCAUAAACGAGGACGUUGUCAAGGUGGACUUUGAGGACGUUAUCGCCGAGCCUGCAGGGACCUACAGCUUCGACGGCGUGUGGAAAGCGAGCUUCACCACCUUCACUGUCACCAAGUACUGGUGCUACCGGCUGCUGACGGCGCUGGUCGGCAUCCCCCUGGCGCUGAUCUGGGGAAUCUUCUUCGCCAUCCUGUCCUUCGUGCACAUCUGGGCCGUGGUGCCUUGCGUCAAGAGCUACCUGAUCGAGAUCCAAUGCAUCAGCCGUGUCUACUCCAUCUUCGUGCACACCUUCUGCGACCCGCUGUUCGAGGCCAUGGGCAAGUGCCUCGGCGGCAUCCGAAUCACAACAACCAAGGAGGUGUAGGGUCCCAAAAAAAGAGGGGGAGGAGAAGGAGGAUUAACGGAAAGAGGGGAGGGAGGAUUGUAGAGCUGGAGCAACAAAGACGGAGGGAAAAGUCAGAACAGGAAAAAAGAAGAAGACAAAAAAAAUAGACCUCUGGGAAAUGAGAGGUGAGACGUUUCCGGAGUUGGGCUGGGGGAGGUUUGGAGGUGAAGGGGCGCACAGCACCUGGUCCCGCCUCUUUUUUUCUCUCCAGUACUGGUUUAACCAAACAGGGCACAGGAAAUCAAAGGGUUGUUCUGUGGGGGCGGGGGGGUUUUUGUUUUGUUUGUGUUCUAGAUAAUUUUUUUAAAUAUUCCUCACUGUUUAUUUUAUCUUGCAAACAACUGAGCUCCAAACCAGUUUUCUGUUAGUUUUGCCACAUAACGUAAAUUCCUUCCAUUCUUACUGUUUCUGUGGACAGCUUAUCAUUUAAUUGAUUCAUGUGAAGGGAGGAUGUCAGGAUGUAUCACUGUCUCCUCUCGCGCUUGUUUGUGUUUGGUUUCGGAGCCGCUUGGCCGGGUCGUGAUGGUGUGAUGUCAGCGUUGGCCAGGUCAAAGCAGAUAGAAGAAAAAAAAGAGAGAGCGCUGCCAAAUUCCAUCUGACUCAGCAAAAACAAAACAACCCCCACGCCACAACCACGCCCUCCCUCUGCCCCCCCUGACCUCCAACCCCCAAAACCAACACCCCCCCUCCCCCCUCCGCCUGGCUAUCCAGCAGUCUGACACACUGAACCUGCCCUUUUUCCUGCAUGCCACCUGCGUCGCCUUGCAAGCAACUCGCCGUCCGCCACCGUCACGCCCGCCAUGCUGCCUGCUGAUGCAGGAAUGAUCUGCAUCUCUGCAUCUCGGCUCACUCGCUCUAUGCAUCAGCUUCCCACUUUGCCUCCAUCUUGAAACUUUUUUUUUUCAGUGUAGGUUUCAUCACAAUCAUCCUCAUGAGAACAUGAGUGUGUGACAGAGAAUGUUAGCAUUUGGAUUUCACUUUUUUGUUUGUUUGUUUGUUUGUUUUUAUUUCCAGACCAAUGUAGGCCUGCCCUUUAUCAAUGAAGGCUCAAGGCUUUUAAAUGCACAUCAUCUUAGUUACAUAUGCUUUUUUUCCUACAGUAUAAAUAUGAAGAACUUGAGGAGUUAAUUUGCCAUUGUUUUAAUGUACUGUAUGGGUGUUUAUGCAGAAGAUAAGCCCUGAUAAGACUUAAGCUAUGGCCUCAUUCCAGUGCACUAAUCUAUAGGAAAGUAUUGUUAGUGAAUAGCACUAAUGGAAAUCUCCUUUCCAUGUAACUCAUUUGCAAAGGUAGUAGAGUACUAACAGUUACUUUUGCACACUGUGCACUUAGAGCGUGCAGUUACGAGUUUGUGUGGAGGUUUUUCUUACGCACUGUGGUACUUACACAGGUUAAUGCAUUGGAAUAAAGACAAUAUGAGGUUCAAUAUGUGAUUCAAUUUGUUGUCUGGUCAUAAUUUUGCACCCUCCCUCUGUUUUUUGUCUUUUGUUUUCUUGAUUCCCCCCCUGAUGAAUUUAUUCCGCUGCCCCUCUUUGACUGUGGACACGAUGCUGUAAAGCAUCAAACUGACGCCUCCCACCCUAGAAAUGGGUGAAGGGAUGGAUGGGGGGGGGGUGUUUCUGUGAUGGGCCGGGUUGGGGAGGGUUAUGUUUUAUUAAGACACUUCAGCACGCUUUGACUCCGUCACCUUCAGUCUACCUGCUGUCUUUUCACAGGGAUAGUAAUUAUCAUAGCACCUGUUUCUUGAAUUGAGUUUUUUUAAGCUCUAAAGGUGAUAUUUUUAUAAAAAAUGAUUUUUUUUUCCUUCCUUGCUUUUACUGUACAAUACCACGCUGUGCACAUUAAAAUUUAAUAUAAUCCAG